AUGGCGGACUUUGACAACUAUCCGCAGCGGCACCCCGUAUGCCCUCCAUCGAGGACUCAUCAUCAUCAUCAUCAUCAAAAAGACACUUACUUACCUGACUACAUUCGGGCUUUCUCGGUGCCACGACCUGAGGACCUGGAAUUUCUGCGAGCGCGCGGGGUUUUCGUUUUGUUGCCGUAUGACAUGCAAGUGCUGGUUCUGGACCAGUUUGAGCAGUUCAUUCAUCCACAGCUCCCCGUAUUGGAUUCCCUGGAGUUCCGCUCUGCAAUAUGCGGUGGAAAUCAGGAGUAUAAACUUCCGCUCAUCCUCUAUCAUGCAGUAAUGUUCGUUGGCCUAGCCCUCAUGAAAGGCGACUUCAUGAAGCGAUUCUCAUUCACUCCGAUGCCCACGGCGAGAGAAGCCUUUUAUGAAAAGGCCAAGGCAUCGUAUGAUAUGAAUGUGGAGCAGGAUCGUGUGGUCCUGUGCCAAGUGUCUAUCCUACUUACCGAACGAAUAGACUUGGCUGACCCGAAAAAUGUCAUGUUUUGGAUUGGUAAUGCAAUCGCACAUGCGCACGACACAAAACUCUACCGACAAGAGCCUAGAUCACCAUCCCCACCCAAGCGGAACUUGCGGAAAAUUCUGUGGUGGAUUAUCCUUAUCAAAGAGUGUACGCUUUGCAUGGGCCUUCCUAAUCCACCGCGAGUAUGGCGGUUAGGCACGCCAUUAGUCACAAUGAGCGAUUUUGCACUCGAAGAAGCCGAGAGCAAUUGCCCGGAGCAAGCACAGCAUCACGAAUCAGCGGCGGCAACACUGGCACUGAUGUUCAUCCAAAGAGUCAGAAUGUACAGUCAGAUAUUCCAUGCCCUACGAACUUUGCACGAAGUCAUAGGACGAUUCCACGGAACGCCAUUCAGCGGGCCCCAUAUCGCUCUGCGAAAGAACCUGAGCCAACUACUGUACUCGUGGUACUCGGAGGUGCCCUCAGGGUGGUGGGUCAGGAACAUGAGCGACAGCGCAGAAAUGGUCCCUGGCCAACGCAGCAUGCUCGAGCUGAUGGCAUCGACUGAGAUCUUGUACUGGACAGCCCAGAUGCUCAUCUACAGGGAUGACCUGCUGGUCGAGUUGAGUCCGCACACCAAGCCCGAGUUCAUGGGCGAGCACGGGCCCCAAGCCGGGCAUACUCGGCAGUUACUGCACCACGCCGCUGGCGAACUGCUCAGCGUUACACAGAGAGCAUUUGCCCUGGAUGCUGGUCAAUAUCUUGCUGGGCGUUCAUCUUUGCCGUUUUCUCCGUCGCGGCGAUUUUCUUCCAGGACUCCGGUAGCCCUGACGUGGGACUCGCGAGAACAACCUUCGCAUGAUCAACGAGUGUCUUGA